AUGCUUCUCUCAUUGAGAACGAAAAGUACCGAUCUCCACGAUGCCCUCUUGAUACUAUACGCUAACACGCUCCGAUCUCUACCUGAUGGUGGUGUGACAAUCCGCGUGAACCACGCCCCAGCAUCCUCUGUCCUCAACAAUGACAAGAUCCUUAUCAAGCUUAUCUCCUCUGGCAUUAAUUUGGAGAUGGGCAGACCUAAGGACCUUAAUAAAAUCCCCUUUGCAGAACACGCCAUUGCAAGCUUGGUACGUAUGGAGCUCCUUAACCUACAUCCUGAGGGAGGCCCAGUCUCAAAGAUCGAGUUAGCUCUUGCUAUCCCAACUGAAUUCCCGAAUCCGACGCGACGGCAUUUCUGA